AUUUGUUUUAUAUUUUCCUUGUCCGGCAACGCGCCACGUCAGUUUGACAUUGCGCAUGCGCAUAACUCUUUCCUUGUGAUUGUCGGUCGUGUUGGCUGAAUGUAAAGUUUCUGAACGUCAUCAAUUUAAUGUUCAAGGUUCAGGAAAAAUAAAGAAAUUUGAUGGAGAAAGUGAUGAGUAUUGCUGUUUAAUUGAUAUUAUUGAAAAUGACUUCCCAAAAUCCAAAUUUAACGCAACCUUUCAUGUAUCCCAACAAUCAAAAUGUUCUUUCUCCCAACACUAACCAGCCUCCUAUGUCUCAUAGUGCAGUUGGGUCCUCACCAUAUAAUCAGCCAUUUUCUCCUGUGAAUCCUCCUCCACUCUCUUCAGGAAAUGUGCCUCAACAAUUUGCAUCGCCCUAUAAUUCUCAGAACUAUAAUUUUACUGUUCAACCUCCAUCACCUUUGCCGCCAUCUUUAAAAUCACCUCAAGGCCAAAGUAUACUGAAUGCUGCUAGUCCGAAAACUCCUCAAAUGCCUUCUUCAGAGAGGUCCAAUUUAGGCGUACAAAAUGGUCCUUUUCCAUCAACACCUUAUGGAAAUUUCAAUUCAUCUGGUGUUAAUGGAGCAGGCCAGGCACAAUUUAAUGGUAUUAAUGGAUCAAGUCCUGUGAAUCCAUCUUCACAAUCUUCUCCUUGGGGACUUCAACCUCCACCACAGGGUAUGUCGCCUGGAAAUGUUGGUCAAAAUUUGUUGACUAAAUCACCAAAUCAGUUCCAGGGUAUGUCUCCAUCAUCUCUUGCUGGUGGUGAUGGUAAAGCUGUGCCUCUUACAUCACAGGUGCCUUCUUCAGGUUUACCUUUGCCGUAUGGCAAUCAGGCUGUGAACUCAUCUAGCCCUCAGGUGACGCCUGGAACAUCCCAACCCCCCUCUGCCCGAUCCUCCCGAAACCCUUCUCCGAUUUCCUCACAUCGCUAUGACUAUAUGGAGGGACAGUUUUCUAAUAAACCCAGUCCAUCUAGUAGCUCUGCAAGUUUGCCUAGCUUGCAGCCUUUUUCUCCAAAUGUGGGGCUUGGGCCACCUAAAAGUUCUAAUGAUCAGCAUGCAUCACCUCAAGUUUCUAACUACUCCAGUCCUGGAAUGCCUUAUCCGCCCAACAGUAGCCCUGCUGUUUCACAAUCGGGCUUUGCUCCUCCUCCUGUUACACCACAAUCUGGUCCUGUUAGGCCUCGAUAUCCUCAACAGGUUGGUUAUAACCAAACACCUUCUUAUGCUAGUCCAAUUGUAAGUCAACCAGGAUUAAUGCCUCCUACAUCUACAUACAAUAGUUCACCACAAACUCCUUAUCAACAACCUCAACCAUAUUCCCCACAGCUACGUGGGGGAAGCACUUUACCCGAAGGUCCUGUUGGGGGUGCUUCUGGUUAUGAUCCACAACUUCAUGCCAAAAUGGCUGGCAUGAGCGUACACACAAGUUUUUCCAAAUUAUGGGGCAAUGAUAGUAUAAAUCUUUUGCAAGAUCGUAAUAUUCUACCACCUCUACCCAUAGAUGCUCCUAAGCCAGUUUUAACACCAGAGCGUCCCAACUGCAGUCCUGAAAUUUUCAGAUGUACGUUAACCAAGGUUCCAGAUACCAGCUCUCUUCUAGGAAAGUCUAGAUUACCUUUUGGGAUUUUGAUACACCCAUUUCGUGACGCUCCAUCAUUAUGCGUUAUUCAAUGUAAUACAAUUGUAAGAUGUAGAAGUUGUAGAACCUACAUAAAUCCAUUUAUAUCAUUUAUUGAUCAAAGGAGAUGGAAAUGCAACUUAUGCUUUCGAGUUAAUGAUCUGCCAGAAGAGUUUCUUUAUGAUCCUGCUACAAGAUCAUAUGGUGACCCUGCUCGCCGACCAGAAAUAAAGAAUGCUACAAUAGAAUAUAUCGCACCAUCAGAUUAUAUGCUGAGGCCUCCACAGCCAGCUGUUUAUCUUUUCUUAUUAGAUGUAUCACAUGGAGCUGCUGAAACAGGGUACCUUCAAACAUUCUGUAAAGUGCUACUAGAGAAUUUAGAUGAAUUGCCUGGUGAUUCUAGAACUAAAGUUGGUUUUAUUACAUUUGAUGGCAGUAUUCACUUCUAUAAUUUAGGAGAAGGAUUAAACCAACCUCACAUGCUAGUAGUUUCUGAUGUUGAAGAUGUGUUCCUUCCAUCUCCAGACAAUUUAUUAGUCACUCUGAAUGAAAGUAAAUCUUUGAUUACAGAAUUGCUUACUGAUCUACCAAAAAGAUUUGCAUCUAAUGGGGAUGUUAACAGCUGUCUUGGUGCUGCUCUUCAAGUUGCUUACAAGCUGAUGUCUCCAAUAGGUGGUCGAGUAACAGUUUUUCAAAGCAGUUUACCUAAUUAUGGUCCAGGAGCCUUAAAAAACCGUGAAGAUCCAAAUCAAAGAGCCGCAAAGGAUGUUUCAAACAUUGGACCAGCUAAUGAUUUCUACAAAAAGCUUGCACUAGACUGUUCUGGUCAGCAAAUAGCUGUUGAUUUGUUUAUGCUUUGCUCACAAUAUAUAGAUAUUGCCACAAUUAGUUGCAUCUCAAAAUUCUCUUCAGGUUGUAUUCAAUAUUAUCCAGGGUAUCAUCAUCAACUAGGUAAAUUGCAAGUGGAAAGAUUUUAUGGUGAUUUAAAGAGAUAUUUGACUCGUAGAAUUGGAUUUGAAGCUGUGAUGCGUAUUAGAUGUACUAGAGGUUUAGCUAUUCACACUUUCCAUGGUAAUUUCUUUGUAAGAUCAACAGAUCUCUUGUCUCUGCCAAAUGUUAAUCCUGAUUCAGGGUAUGGUAUGCAAAUCGCCAUUGAAGAGAAUUUAAAUGAAUACAAUACAGUUUGUUUUCAAGCUGCAGUUCUUUACACAUCUAGUAAAGGUGAAAGGAGAAUUAGAGUUCAUACUUUGUGUUUACCUGUGGUUUCGCUGCUUCAUGAUGUAUUGGGAGGAGCUGAUCAAGAAACCGUUAUUGGCUUAGUAUCCAAAAUGGCUGUUGAUCGAAGCGUUACUGCGUCUCUUACCGAUGCUAGAGAUGCUCUUAUCAAUGUCUGUUUGGAUGUGUUAGGAGUUUUUAAGUCAACCAUGUCAGGAAAUGUAGCAGGUGCUCUUAUGUCACCAUUUUCAACUCGUUUGAUACCUAUGUUCAUUUUAGCUUUAUUGAAACAUGUGGCCUUUAGGACUGGUGUUAGCACUAAAUUAGAUGAAAGAGUUUAUGCUAUGGAUCGUAUGAAAACUUUACCCUUAGUUUAUUUAAUGAAAUACAUUUAUCCUACUUUAUAUCCUGUACACGCUUUAGAUGAUAAGAAUGCUAUUCACCAAGAUGAUGAUGCCAUAAUUCCACAACCCCCUAUUCUGCAAUUAUCUAGUGAAAAAAUUGAUCGUCAUGGAGCUUACAUACUUGACACAUUAGAUGUCUUAUAUUUAUAUAUUGGUCGAGCAAUCAAUGACCAGUUUUGCACUUCUGUGCUUAAUGUAUCUAACUUUAGUGCCAUUCCAGAAGAUAUGAUAUCUUUACCAGAGUUACCAACUCCAGAAUCUGAAAGAAUGAGAAAUUUCAUUAUGUGGCUUCAGGAUCAGAGACCAUUUCAUAGUCCUAUCAAAAUAAUCAGGGAAGACAGUAAAGAAAGGUACUUAUUCUUGCAAUACAUGCUUGAUGAUAGGACAGAAUCAUUAUUUUCCUAUUAUGAGUUCCUUCAGCAUAUAAGACAGCAAAUAUCCAAGUGAUGAAAUAUGUUUGCAUUGUGCCUGUGUUUUCGAUUAUCUAAGAGCUCUUUUGAAAAGAUAACUAUUACAAAUUCUGUGAAUAAUCGUGAAAAAAGAAGAUGGAGGCAGCCAUUUUUUCAAAUGUUAUAUCUGUUUUAUGCAAUCUCUGUGGUCCAAGAGUGGUGGUGUAUUGCUCUAUCAAAGUUUGUGUUGCACUAGUAAAAGUGUACAUAAAAGGCUGUCAGUAACAAAAAAGAGUGCUCAAUACCGUAGUGCAAAAGCAAAGCAGGUCUCUGCAAAAACAGAUUGUGUUUUCAGAUUAUUUUAUACUUUUUUUGUCUUGUUGAACAUUUUUAAUGUAUGUUGAUUAUAGUUUAAUGAACAGUUUUUAUUAAGAGCUAAUAUCUCUUAAAACUGUGAUUGAAUGAUAGUUUUAUCUUUAUUUUUUAAAAAAAAUUGCAUAUAUGUUAAUUGCAAUUCCACACUCCUCAUUUUUUCCUUGAAAAUAUUUAAUAGCUUGAAGCUGAAAAUUUUUUUUUUUAGCUGCAAAAGGAGUGUUUUGUAUAUCAGUGGUGAAAAAUGGAUAGAAUGUUUUAGAUAUUGUAUAUAAGAAUACAUAUGUAAAUUAAAUUAUUGAUGAAAUUUUUAUCUAAUUUAUAAACUUUUUUUCCAAAAAUUCACAUUUGAGAGGUCGCAAUUAGCAAAGAGUGGUGUUACAAUCGAAAAAUUGUUCUACAAAUUAUCUGUGAUUGUACUUCUGGAUGUUUUGAAUUGAGAUGAAAUGAAAAUCUUGGUUAUGAUUUCAAAACCUAUUUCUAUGCAAGCAAAGAGCAAAACUGAACUUUGAUAUUUACUUACAAACAUAGUCCCCAUUUAAGCUAUUGGAACCACUUAUUAAGAAUACUUAUUGUUACUUUAUAAAAAAUCUGUUUCAUCUGUGAACAUUGUUCUGUAUAAAAAUUUAAAAGUGCUACUUGACAGUUGUAAACUAUUAUUGUAGUUGUUUAUCUGUUCUGGUUUGUUCUUUGAAGAAUGUCUUUUUGCACCAAAGGGAGAAAAAUAAAGUUGCCUUGUGUUUAAUUUUAAA